UAAAAUGCGUCUCCCAAAAUAAGGAGACGACGGCUUAGUCGACCGAUCGCGAUUCCGUCAGUUCGGUGCAAAAUAAUUUUGUGCGAAUUAUUUUAGUGGGUGCUUACAUGUUAAAAAUUGUGUUCUGUGUGUGAGUUUUUGGACUAUAAAGUUGCCACAAAAGGCUAUGGGCCAUGGAGUUCUUCCAGGAAUGGUCGUCGCAGACGUCCACGAAGACGACAACAACAACUAUGACAACACCAGCCAAAUUAUAUGGAAAAGAUCUCAGUGUUUAUGAUGAUAUUGAUGUAGAUGAACUGUUAAACAAAUUAACUGCAGAAGAAAUUAGUGCGUUAGCUAAAGAAGUUGACCCUGAUGACAAUUUUUUACCUCCCUCUCAAAGAAAUAGUUAUGAAUGUGAUAAAGGCCCUACUGGUCCGUUAAAUAGAAAGAAGUUGAUUGAACAUAUAAAUAAGGAAGCAUUAGAAACACCUGACAAACCUGAAGCGAAGCCUUAUGUACCUGGCACAGUAAGAGGGAAGAAAUGGAUUCCACCACCUCCCCCUCUGAAAGAACAAGAAGCAGAAGAGCAAAUUGCCGUCGAUUUAGGUGAUGAGUAUGAGACAGCGUUAUCCUCAGCAACGCAGGAAGAAAUUAUAGAUUUAGCAGCUAUAUUGGGUUUCCAUUCGAUGAUGAAUCAGGACCAGUACCACGCUUCCUUGCUAAACAAAGGCCAACCAGUGGGUCUUGGCUGGGAUGGCAUUACGAAAGCAUCGAAACCAAAAAUAUUUCCCAUGGAUCCUCCUAAUAUGACUGACCCAGAUGAAACAGUAAAAAAAGUUCAGAACGAUGAAUCCAAAUUUAUUGAUCUUAACUGGAAUAAUAUUAAGAACAUAUCGGACGAGAAAUUCGACAGUCUGUUUGAAGCCUUAGAGAAUAACACCCAUCUGGAAACACUGUCGUUAGCCAACUCCGGACUGACCGACAAGCACGUGGAGAAGUUGGCGCAGGCGAUUGAGAAAAACGAAACGUUGAGGGUCGUAAAUGUAGAGACUAAUUUUAUUUCACCUACUGGUGUCGUCAGGUUAAUUAAGGCGUUGCUCAAAAAGAAGAGCGUGGAGGAAUUCAGGGCGGCAAAUCAGAGAUCUCAGAUACUCGGUAACAAGAUAGAAAUGGAAAUUACACAACUAAUUGAGAAAAACCCCACAAUACUUAGGUUGGGCUUGCACUUAGAAUAUAACGAUGCCCGCCAUCGUAUUGCCACACACUUACAACGUAACAUUGACACAAAACGUCGUGCUGUGAAAGCUAAAUAUCAGAUUAUGCUCGGUCCGUCUGGUGAUGCUGUUAAAAUCGUUCGGACUGCUUAAUAGUCGUAUGUGUCCGAAAAGACUUAACACUGCGACUGCAGUUCAGGUUCUUUAACCACAGGAAAACGCCCCUAAUCAAGUGAAG